AUGGGUCAAUUCCCUCAGUUGCCUAACUGGUUUGAAUACGUCGUUGGAGGAUCACACGACGUAUUCAAACCAGUUAGGCAAUUGAGGGAAUUGACCCAUGUGGUCGAGGAUAUUCAGUCAGGGUUCUCUGAGGGAGUAGACACUCAAGGGAAGUUUCCUAAUGUCUGCACCGAUUUGACUUUUUAUCCUUUGGACAACAAUGACUUUCCCGCCCAGCACAUGUCCGUAUUACUGAAAAUGGCUCGCUCACAUGCGUCGUUUGAUAAGAACACAACCGAGAAGGCGGAGAAGAAGGCCAUUCACAUGAGCCAGAUUAAGACCAGAAAGAAGAUAGUUGAUGUUAAAUUGGAGAUCAAUAAGUUUUUCAACGCCAGAAUAACUAGACUCGAUCAUUUUGAUGCCACUGUUGAGUUAAUUAGGAAGGCACUGAAGAAGAAGCCUGAACUAGAGGAACAGUUUAAGAAUUCUGCUUUCGGCCACCUAGUAUACGAUUUGGAUGGACUCACAUGGAGCAAUCAAUUAGUCCACAGUCUACUGUUAAGACUAUUGACGAGGGAAGACAAUGACGAGGUAGGCUCCCUAUGCUUCAGAAUAUGUGGGAAAGAUGUAAAAUUUGGCAGGGAGGAGUUUGCUCUAAUAACAGGGUUGAAGUUUGGCAACAUCGAAUCAGCAAAGAGGAAAAUCAAAGUGGUGGGAACUCCUAAACUGUUUACCAAGUUCUUCCCUGACUGUACCCCGAAGAAAGGUGUUUCAGGUGUAAGGUUGAGAGAGUUAUUCAGGAAGGACAUUGCUAGCGGCAAGGUUAAAUGUUCUGAUGAAGAUCUUCUCUCUUUGUCAUAUCUCAUGAUCAUCAAUGAAAUCAAUUCCAAGUCUCGUUCGAAGAAGGUGGAUAUGAUAUAUUUUCACCUGGCCUCCCAUUGGGAAGAGGCCAACAGUUUCCCUUGGGCAAACGAAUCCUUUAUUUGUACGACAGAUGGUGCCAGAAAUCACAUUCUAAAUGCGUUCAAUCAGAAGCAGCAGAAGAUGAAGACAUAUGACAUGGGAGGUUUCCCAAUUACAUUACAGAUAUUUAUGUUUGAGGUAAUGCCACAUUUGGUUGACCUCCAACUUGUGGAAAGAAAUCAAGAAGGCCGUCAAUCUCCAAGAAUAAAUAAAUGGAGACUUUAUGAUUCAAAAUUCACCCAAGACCAGAUUUCGAAGUUGGGAAUUUUCGAUGAGAAGAAUAAAGGGUAUGUUACCCCUAUUGUGCCAACCGAGGAGGAGAUGGGUGAACAUUAUUACAAGAACUCACAAUGCGUUUUUGUAGAAGAAGAAGAAUCAGAGGAUGAAGAAGAAGCAGACGAAGAAAAGGAAGUUGGAGGUGAAGGAAGAGGUGAAAAUGUUGUGGAGAUGGAGUCAUUAAACCAAGCCGGGGGUAAGCGUGAAUACCCACAGAAACAGAGGACUGUCAAGAACUAUCUUCAAGGUUUAAAGAUAGAAAUUGGGGAAGUUGUGAGAAGGGAAGUUAGGAGGGAAUUGAGAAACGAGUUGGGUGACAUAAAGCGUAUGCUUAAUUUAAUCUUACAUCAAUUUUCAAUCAAAUCAACAGUCACCUAG